AUGAAGAAGGACGCAGGAGACGAUAACAAAUUGCCGAACAAGGAGAUGAACAACUUCCGGCUGAUGACCCAGCUGAUAGAAUUGAAGAAAAACAAAAAGGCCUUCAAAAUAUGCGAACAGAUACUUAAGAAGUAUCCGAAAAAUGGAGAGACACUGGCAGUGAAGGGAUACCUGCUAAAUCUUAUAGAUGAAAAAAAUAAAGAUGAAGCCUUUAAGCUUAUGAAAGAAGGAAUAGUGAAUAAUAUAUCGAGCAGUUUCUGUUGGUACUUGUAUGGAUGCCUUUACAAAAUAUACAAAAAUAAUGAUGAAGCUUUGAAAUGUUACCUUAAGGCGGUGAAGCUCAACCGCUAUGACUACAAAGCCUUGAAGGAAGCAUGUGUCCUUCUGCUAUACUUAGGAAAAUAUGAGCAGUUCAAAGAUUUGCGCAUAAAUGUAUAUAAUGAUACUGCCAAGGGGGUAAGAGAUAAGGCGAUUUUAAUUUUCGCGUUUCAUCUCCUCAAGCAGUAUGAAAAAUGUUCCAUGAUAAUUAAUCAGGUGGAGGAUCAGUUGGGAUCAGGAGCAAGUGGUAAUCAGGAGACAAUGAAGGGUAGCGACUUAACACCCAGUGAAAAGCAUGAUCUGAUAAUUUACAUGUGUGAAAUUAUGUUCGAAGGGAAGCUUUACAAGGAGUGCCUAGACUUACUAAAAGCACACGAAGAGGAAUUACUCGACAAAUUAUGGUAUAAUAAAAUCCUCGGUCUGGUGUACCUAUACCAGGAGAAUUUUCAUCAGGCCAAUUUACAUUUCAGGAAGGCCUUCGAAUUGAAUUAUGAAAAUUUAAAUAUUCUUUUGUUGAUUUUGUACACAGAGAAGAGUUACACCCUUGAUGGAGGCGGUAACAGUGGACAGCUAAAUGACCAAUCGAAACAGGAGAAAACACUAUCUAGCCUGUUCUUCCUGGAUUACAAAAAUAAGCACAAAAUGGAUACACAGGUGAAUGUUGAAGGAAAUGUAAAGGUAUUGCUACAUGAAUUCAUUUUAGAUGUAUAUGGAUCCAACAGAAAUAUGAAGUUCCUAUCCAGGAAGGAGAAAAAUAUCUUCAAUGAUUAUGUGUGCCAUAAUUGGGGAUUUAAAAAGUAUGAUGUAUACACCCUUUGUGAAUUCCACAACUUUGUAAAUAUAAAUUCGGUGAAGAAAGAACAUUUUAUAGAAAACCUACAUUUGAAAAAUAUUGAUGAAUACAUCAACUCGAUGAAGGAAAGUGUAGAAAGAGAAAGGAGCAGAAUCAGCGAGGGAGAUGAUGUCUAUUCGUAUAACAUUAUCCAUUGGUCGGAAAAAUUGGGCGUAGACAUACAAUACUGCUAUAAGAAAAAGUUUGAAAAAGGCAUGAAUAUGAUUCACUUUUUAAAAAUAAAAAAUCUGAACAUAGAGGAGGAAAACUCCUUGGAAAAUUAUUUUAGAAAUUUGCAAAAAAAGUAUAAGCAUUCGAAUUUGUUAAAAAUAUUUCCCCUUUAUUUUUACAAUGAACAAAAAUUUUCCGUCCACGUGGAAAAGUUACUCCGCAGUUUAUGCUUUCAGAAGUGCUUAACCAUUUUCAGCUAUUUUAAGCCUUUCUUUACAUACAAAAAUAUUAAAAUAAUUCUUUUCUUGCUACACAAAUAUAUUGAAAAUUAUGAGAAGGUGCAGGAUAUUCCAUCCAUUAACUGUGGCCCUGCUUCUGGCGAGAUCGGAGGGUGCGAAGACUGCUUGGCUAGUGAAGUAGGUCAAGAGGGUGAAGAAUCUCUCAGAAAGGAGACCCAAGGAUGGACCAAGGAAGCCGGAGAAAAGCGAGAAUUCAUAUCUGAGAAUGAUAAUAAAGAGAAUCACAUAAAUGGCGAGGCGAUAAACGAGGAGGCCCACAGCGGUGAUGAGAAGAUUAACCCAGAAAAAAGAAGAAAUGGAGAAACGGAAGAAACCGCCCAAAUGAGCAGCGUAAAAAAAGUUAUGGACAAUUUCCUAGACGAGACGGAAGAAAUGAAAAACAUCAUUGGAAUGGCCACUCCAUUAGGGGGAGGAGAGAACCCAGAAAAGAAAGAAGAAAAUGCAAAAAAAGUCGAAAGGGGUAGUGGAAAAAAAAGCAUCGAUGAAGGAAAAGAAAAAAAAGAAAUAAAACUUGACUUAAAGAAACUCACCCUAACGGAGGAGGAAAGAAAAGAAUACUUCAUUUUGUGUAUUUACUCCUUCAUUAGUCAGCUGUAUGACUACAUAAACUGCGCGAAGGAAUCACUAACACUUCUCAAGGACAUUUCUAACAAAAUCACCUUUAAGAAAAACGAGUCGGUUAAACAAGAACUGGUAUUUAUAAAAGGGUUAAUUUACAAGCGAAACGGAAAUUACCUAGAAGCUUACAGGCACCUGGAAGAAUGUAGAUUAGCAAACAUCGGAGAUAGGUACAUCAACACAAAGACGAUUAUAACUUGCUUGAAGUGUGGACUGAUAAAGGAUGCAAAAAAAAUGGCCUCCAUCUUCACGAACCCGUUGGACAAUAAUUUCAUGAAGAACAUUAACGAAACGCAAUGCUUCUGGUUGGAGUACAACAUCUCGCAAAGCUACUUCAAUAAUCACCCGAACAUUCACCUGGGAAAAUACCUCAGUUUGGGGCCCGACAGAUUGUACGACUUUGGUGGCGUCCAGGGGGCGGAAAACCAAUCUGGAUCGGAAAACAUAGUGAACGAGGAAAACAAAUCGGAAGAAGCAACAAAUGGUUCCAAGCACAACCCAAGCGGAGAGAAGCCAAAACUGAAUCUGCAAAAAAGUAUCCUAGUCGAUAACGACAUGCUAGGGAGAAACGAAUUUAACGACUACAGUAAAGGGCUGCACUACCUGCACAUGGGCCACAAGCAGUUCUUAGACAUCCAAGAAGACCAAAUUUGCUUCUACUAUUACACCAUCAGAAAAUUACUCUACAGAUCCUACAGGCACAUGCUCUACCUGACAAGUGAAAUAUUUUCUUGCAGAUCAUAUCGUAAAUUUGGCAAGGCCUUAAUUAAGGCAUUACUACACAUACAUGAUUCUGGAUUAUUAAAAAAAAAUGAUUUGAAUAAGAAGAAUAAAAAAAAGAGUAAAACUACUAGUGUAGCUAAUCAGGAUGAAAAUGAUAUUUAUGAGCAUAUAAAAAAUAAUCCUUUGGAAAAUGCCAUGAUAUAUAUGAAAACCUUUCUGUCCCAGCCGAAUGUGGAUUUGUCUGUGUACAGAUUAAAAUUCGACAUUGAGAGGAGGUCACCUGACAAGGACUACGGAUGCAUGAUCGACACCCUUCUAACGAUGAAGUCCAUAUUUCCACACCAUAAUUAUAACUAUAAAUUUGGCCCAGCCAUUUCGUACUAUUUGUGUACAGUCCAUUUGGAUAGUGUGAGCGAGGAACAAAGGAAAGAAAUUUCGAACAAGCUAAAUGACCUAUUGGGAUUGAAUCACUCUGAAUACAAUACUGACUUGUUAAAAGAAGUUAGGAAAAAAUAUAUGGAAGAUUUUGUCAAAUUUUUCAAGGAUCAUAAGAAGGGGGACUUGCGUUAUUAUCAAUCAGCCUUAGAAAUGUACCUGGAUUGUGGCGAAAAGAUAGACGAAGGACUUUUGGAAAAGGAAAAUAUCGACCCCAAGAAGAAUAAACUAACGAGGUGUUUUAAAUUUCUCCGAUUUUUAAUUAAAUGCCAAAAGAUGCACGUAGAGUUGGCUCCCCUGUUGGAUCACUUCAAGAUCUGCUGCAAGGAAGCGUUCCCGCUAGCAACGGCAUUCCAGUGA